CUCUCUUCCCUCUACAAAACACAACGGAAAAACCAGAAAACUCUUAUCACUAUCACAUUCAUCAUCACUCAUCUCUCUAAUAUCUCAUCCGAAAAAAAGCUAACACUUAGUGUUAAAAAUGGCCAUUGUAGCAUCACUACCAGGCUUCAAUCUCUUCUCUUCUCUCCCUUCAACACCACCCUCAAACGACUCCAAAUUUACAAAAAACUCCACCCCUCCUCCUCCUCCUCCUCCACCUAUUCCCAUUCCCAAAUACCCUCCGCCUCUCAAAAAAUCCCAAACUGCCCCUCCUAAAUCUUCCAAUUCCCAAACCAACCCCGCCUUCAAAACCCCACACCGCCGCUCCAACUACUACAAGCCAGUCAAGGACGGCGUCAUCGCCUCCGACGCCGGCCGCUCCGUCGUCAUCGGCGAUUCCGGCGUCUCCUACCUCCUCCCCGGCGCUCCCUUCGAGUUCCAGUACAGUUACUCCGAGACUCCCAAGGUUAAGCCGCUCGCGAUUCGGGAGCCGGCUUUCUUGCCCUUCGCUCCGCCGACUAUGCCGCGGCCGUGGACCGGUAAAGCGCCGCUGAAGAAGAAGAGGGAUAAGGAUAGGAAGAUUCGGCUGCUGGAGUCGCUGAAUUCGCCUCCGGCCGGUACCGACGGAGUGAAGCGCGUGGAGAUGGCGAGGCCGUUCCCGUUGGGGAAGUUUGUGGAGGAGAAGAGGACGAGAGAGGAAAUACUCGGUGAGCGUUUGAAGAAAUGGGAGAUCAAAAUGCUUGUUGAACCUCGCUUGUCCGAUAAUCGCCAGGUUAAUCUUGGGAGGGAUGGGUUGACACAUAAUAUGUUGGAGUUGAUACAUUCGCAUUGGCGGGGGCAGAAGGUUUGUAAAGUUCGAUGUAAAGGGGUUCCCACUGUGGAUAUGGAUAACAUUUGCCGCCAUCUUGAGGAUAAAACUGGGGGAAAAAUCAUUCAUCGCGUUGGUGGUGUAGUUUAUCUUUUCCGUGGCAGAAACUACAAUUAUCGCACCCGUCCACAGUACCCAGUAAUGCUCUGGAAACCAGCUACUCCGGUUUACCCAAAACUUAUCCAAGAAGCUCCAGAAGGAUUAACAAAAGCUGAAGCUGAUGAAUUUCGGAAGCAGGGAGAAAAACUUUUGCCAAUUUGUAAAUUAGCAAAAAAUGGAGUAUACAUAACCUUGGUGAAAGAUGUUAGGAAUGCUUUUGAAGGAAGCCCACUAGUGAAAAUUGACUGCAAAGGGAUGCACACAAGUGAUUACAAGAAGUUAGGUGCUAAGCUUAAGGACUUAGUUCCUUGUGUGUUAUUAUCUUUUGAAGGUGAACAAAUAUUGAUGUGGAGGGGACAAGAUUGGAAAUCAAUGUAUACAAAUGCUCCUUUACCUGCAAUCCCCCCUAAAAUUGGCAUUGCAGGUGGUUUGGAAAGUUCAGGUAAGGAUGAUGGUGAUUGUUGUAAGGGUAAUGCCACAACAGUGAGAACAAGCUCUAAAAUGAUGUCACUAUGGAAGCGAGCAAUUGAGUCAAGCAAAGCAUUGUUGCUGGAUGAGAUUAAUCUUGGUCCAGAUGCUCUUUUGAAGAAGGUGGAGGAAUUUGAGGGUAUUUCACAGGCCACAGAGCAUUCCUAUCCAGCGUUAAUAUUGACAAGCGAAGAUGGUACAAGCAGCUCAAUGGCAGUGUCUGAAGAUGAUCCCCAAUCAGAAGGUUAUGAUGAAGAUGACAUCUAUAAUGAUAGUGACGAUGAUGAGUACGAAAAUUAUGAUAGUGAUUCGUUUGAAGAGGUGGAGUCAUCAGUGCCUCUAGGGUCAUUACCCGUUGAUUUGAUAGCUGAUAAGCUCAAAUGGGAAUGAAAUUGAAAAGAAGGUUCUGACAUAGAUGAACUGUUCAAUUGCAAUGUUGCUUAUUUUUACCAGAAGAGAACAAUGAGCUUUGUAAAUAAUGCUACAGAACACAAAACUUUUUACAAUAUUUUUAUAAAUUAUUGAUGUGAUAAA